AUGCCAUAAAGAAAUUCUCAUCUACAUACAGAUUCUUCUAAUCCUCCUAAUUUAAGUAGAGAUAAUUCAACUAAUUCAACAGCCAAAAACUCCCUUAAAAUAAAUCUAUAGAAAUCAAAAUAAAAUAGUAGAACAAAUUCAACUUAGAACAUCCCUGAAUCUUAAUCAAGGAAAAUUCAAAGCAAAGAAACAUCUCCAGAAAAAACAAAUGAAUUAAAAAUAAUUAAAGGAACAACUAUAAUUCAAGAAAAAAAAAUAACCAAAAUAAUAACUUCUAAAAUAAAUACUGGGAUUAAAAAAACUAAGGGCGAAUUAACAUUAAAUUAAACUGUUUUAAGCUCAAUCCAUAAAUCUUAAAAUCAAGGAUCAAAAAAAUUAUUAGUUAAUUAAAAAAAGGAGAGCAGUUUAGGAAAUCGUUAAGCUAGUCAAAAACAAUUUAAUAAACUACAAAAUAGUAAUUCUUCAAGUCGUAAACAUUCUCCUUAAAAUAAAGAAAAAAUACACUCUAAAUAAUUAUAAAGAUUACCAUAGGCUUAAAUGGAAUAAUAACAUAAAGAAUUAUAAUAAAAGAAUAAUGUUUUUUAUGAUCAAGAAUAAUAAAAUAUGAUACAUUAGCAAGAGGAUCACAAUGAUUAAUAAAAUGAGUAAGAUGAUGAAAAUGAUUAAUUUGAGAGAUAAAAUUAAUUAGAAAACUUUAAUUAAAAUCCAUCAGAAUUAGAUAAUGAUUAAUUAGAAGAAAUCUAAUAAAAUAAAGAAUCCUAAAUUGAUAUAUAAGAUGAUGAAAUUGAAAAUGAAUAAGAAAGUUAAUAGAACAAAAAUUAAAGUCAAGAAUUAAAUGAAUAGAAUGAAUUUGAUAAUGAUAAUGAUAUAUCAAUUGAUAAGGAUAUUGAUAAUAAUAAUUAAGAAAUGGACUAAAUGAUAGAUACUAAUAGUGAUAAUAAUAAUAGUGAUAAUAAUAAUAGUGAUAAUAAUAAUAGUGAUAAUAAUAAUAGUGAUAAUAAUAAUAGUAAUAAUAAUAAUAGUAAUAAUAAUAAUAGUAAUAAUAAUAAUUGUGAUAAUAAUAGUGAUAAUAAAAAGAAUAAUAAUAUUAAUUAUUAAAUUAACUAUUUACCUCCUUUGGAUGAAUUACCUGAUGGUGAAAACAGUGAACCUGUAUUAACACAUAGAACAGAAGAACGAAAUCCAAUUCUUAAUAUUAAUUGUUUUAAAAAAUUAUCCUAAGAUAUAUCAAGCAUUAAAAAUAUAGAUUGUGAAACUUAGGAAGAUUAAUAUUAUUAGAGUUUAUCUGCUAGGGCUCAAAUUAAUUCAUAAUCUAAUUAAAUGUAAGAAUAAAUUUAAGCAGAUUUCACUAAAAAAAAUGAUGAAUAAAUAAAAAAUACUUAAGAUAAUUAAAAUAAUCAAGAAUAAGAAGAAGAAUAUGGUCUUUCAGAAAUAGAGGAUUUAUUUAUUAAAAAAUAAGAUAAUGAUGAUGAUGAUGAAGUAAGUCCAGAUAAUAAAAUACCUACUGAAUAAGAAGAAGAUGAAUUUUAAAAUAAUUCAAAUCUUAAUUAAAAUUAACAACAAUAUCUUAUUAAUCAAAAUGUUCUUAAUAAUAUUAAUCAAUCUACUAAUUAAAUUUUAAAUGACUCUACUAAUCAUAUAGAAUAAAACAAUCAAAUUUAAUUAAUUUUCUAAAAUAAUAAUCAAGAAUAACAAAAUUCUUAAUAAAUUUAGAUUUCAUAAAACCUUGAAACUCAAAAUGAAAACCAAUAAUCAAAUGAUAAUGACUAAAUUCAAGAAUAUAUAUAAAUAGAUCAUUAAAAAGAGAAUUCAAUUGAGAAUAAAGAUGAACAUUUUGAGGAUUCUUUAAUAAAAUAAGAUUUAGAUAAAGAAAAUGAAACUAUAUCUUUAGAAAUAAACAUUUAAAAUAAUAAUCAAAAAGAUUUAAAUAUCUAAUAAAAUACAGUUUCAAAUGAAGAUCAAGAUCAAGAAAAUAAUCUGAUUGAGGAGUAAUAACCAAACAAUGAUGAAAAUAUAACUUAAGAAAAUUCAAAGUUAGAGUAGGAGGAAUCAAAUUCUUAUAAAGAAUUAGAUAAAAUAAAUAUAAAAUCUAAUAUAUUAUAGAAUUCAAAUUAAGAUAAUUUUUAAUAGAAUAAAUCUUAUGAAAUAAAUACUAUAUCUGAUUUAAAGUAGGAUAAUAAUAAAAAUUAAGAUGAUAUAAUAUUAAAUCAAGAUAUUACUUAAACUGUUAAUCUGUUUGAAAUAGAAAAAGAUGUCAAGACUGUAGAUGAAGAAGAUAAUUAAAAUGAAGAAAAUAAAGCUAAUGACCCUAUGAUAUAGGAAACAAAGGAUUUAUUAAGUUAACAAGAAUAACUCUAGUAAUAAGAUGGAAGAGAGUAAUAAUAAAUAGAAUAAGAUUUAGAUGAGAAUUAAAGUAAUUUUAAAUAUAAGAAAAGCUCAGAAAUUAUUGAAGAAGAUUAUAAUGAUCAUUCUGAAUAGAAGUCUGAUUAAAAUAUUGAACAAUUAGAAACAUAUAGAAAAUUUAGUUAUAAAAUAGAGGAAUUAGAGAAAAAAAAUAAUAAUGAUGAAAAUAGAAAUAAUUAAUAAAGUAAUUAUAUUAAUGAAUCAAGUAAUAUAUAAAAUUAAAUACAUCAUUAAGAUAUUUAAGAUCCUGAACAAGAUAAUGAAAUGAUUAAUUAAAUUGAAAAUGUUAAAGAAAAUUUUAAUGAAAAAGGCUGUUUACUUGAGAAUUAAAUUAAUAAUUAAGAAAACAAUGAGGUUAAUUAUAGAUAAACUGAAAAUAAUUAAUUAGAGUAGGAAAACUAACUAGAAUAAGAAUUAAAUAAUUUAAUCGAAACUCAGUAAUCUGGUAAUUUAGAAGAUAAAAAUUAAAAUAAGAAAGAGAUUGAAGAUAUCGAAAUAUAAUAAUAAUGUCAAAUUGAAGAAAAUUUAAAAAAUUCAAUCCAUUAAAAUUAAAAUUAAAUAAAUGAGUAAAAUGAUGAGUAAGAAAAUUAAAUUUAAUCAGAAAAAGAAGAAUCUAAAUUAAAUUUUUAAGAUCACAAUUAGAAUGAAGAUGAGAAUCUAAUAUAAGAGAUAAAGUAGAAUGAGUUAUUGAAUUAAUAAGAUUAAUAACAGGAAGACCAAGUAUAAAAUAUAUCUAAUGAGUCCUAAGAAAUUAUGAAAAAUGAGAAUUAAAACUAUGAUGAAAAUAAAGAUUAAGAUUCUAAGGAGAAAGUUCAGGAUGAAUCACUUUUAAUAUAAUAAGAUAUUUUAAGAAGUGAAAAAAGUCAUGAUUCAGAAAGUAUUAAAUAAGAUGAAACAUUAAAUGAGGAAAUAUUAUUGGAUUCUACUUUUAAUUAAGUUUAAACUUAAGAUUUAUUAAUGGAUGAUAAUUUAAAUUAAUAAUAACAAACAGAAUAACUUAAAUUAGAUUUAUAAGAUGAAUAAGAUUAAGAAUAAAAUAUUUGUAAAAAUGAAAUUAUUAAUUUACCUGAAUCUAAUAAUGAAGUUAACUAGCAAACUUAAGAUGAAUAAUAAAUUAAAUAUGAUGAUCAAAAUAUAUCAGAUUAAAAUUAGUAAUAAAUACAAGAUAAUUUUGAUUUAAAAGAUGAAUAAUAGCUGGAAAAUAAUCUUAAUUAAGAUCUAAAAUUUUCGAAAAAUUAAGAGUAAGAGUAAGAUCAAGGUAAUGAUAGUUAAUAAAUGUUCUAAAGUGAUAAUACUUAAGUACUUAAAAGUUCUUAAGAUGAUGGGUUAUAUGAACCUAAAUAUCAAUAAAUGGGAAACUAUUAUUAUGUUUAACAAUAGAAUAUCUUGGUCUAAGAAUUAUAACAUGAAAUUUCAGAAAUGGAUAAUAUAAAGCUAUAAGAUGAUAAUGAUAAUAAAUAAAUUUAAGAUCAAAAUGAAAUAUAAUAAUAGAAAGAAAUUGAUGAUUUAUAAUAACAAAUUAACAAAAAUUAAAAUGAAUAGAAGGAUAUGGUUGAAUAAGUAAGCAAUAAUUUAGAAAAUGAAAAUAAUCAUUAAGAAGAGGAAAAUAAUAAUUAAGAAAAUGGAAAUAAUCAUUUAGAAAAGGAAAAUAAUCAUUUAGAAAAGGAAAAUAUUCAUUAAGAAGAGGAAAAUAAUAAUUAAGAAGAGGAAAAUAAUAAUUAAGAAAAUGGAAAUAAUCAUUUAGAAAAGGAAAAUAUUAAUUAAGAAGAGGAAAAUAAUAAUUAAGAAAAUGAAAAUAAAUAUUAAGAUAAUGAAAAUUAUCAUUAAGAAAAUGGAAAUAAUCAUAUAGAAAAGGUAAAUAAUGAUUUAGAAAACGAAAAUAAUGAUUUAGAAGAUGAAAAUAAUCAUUAAGUAAAUGAAAACUAUAACUUAGAAAAUGAAAAUAUUCAUUUAGAAAAUGAAAACAAUCAUUAAGAAAACGAAAAUAAUGAUUAAGAAAACGAAAAUAAUGAUUAAGAAAAUGAAAAUAAAUAUUUAGAAAAUGAAAAUUAUCAUUAAGAAAAUGAAAUCAAUAAUUUAGAAAAUGAAAAUAAUGAUUUAGAAAACAAAAAAAAUGAUUUAGAAAAUGAAAACAAUAACUUAGAAGAUGAAAAUAUUCAUUUAGAAAAGGAAAAUAUUGAUUAAGAAAAUUAGGUUAAAAAUGAGUUGAUUGAUAAUUAUGCUUCAGUUAAAAUUAAUUCUGAUAAUAAUAAGAAUUAAAAUGAUGAUUAAAAUAAAAAUAAUCAUGAUGAGAAUGUUUAUAUUUAAGAUUAAGAUCAAAUCGAUUAAGAUUAAGAUCAAGAUCAUAUUGAAUAAGAUGAAGAUGAAAAUCAUAGAAAAGAUGAUGAUUCUUAAAAAAGUUCAGUUAAAUCUUAAAAAACUAAGAAAUCUAGAAUAACAAAUACUUAAGAAAUUAUUAAUGAUAGUUAACAAUAAUAAUAAAAUGAAUCUGAAGUAGAUUUUAAUACAAAUGAAUUAGUCAGUUAACGAACAUAAGAGUUUGGUGAAAGUCAAAGAGAAAAUGAAAAUGGAAUUGAGUAAUUUUCAGAUUCAUAAAAAAAGAUUUUAAUUAAAAAGGAUGAUUUAUAAUUAGAAAAUAAUAAUAUACGUCCUAUUAUGACACUAAAUUUAUAAAGUUUAUCAGCUAAUAAAAAUUAUAAGGAUGAUUAACCGGACACAGGAAGAACAGAUGAUAGUAUGAUAAACUAAUUAGUUGCUUAGGAUAAUAAUAAUAAGGAUAGAGAUACAAAUAUUCAUUUAAUUAGACGUAAUUCUGAAAGUAAACCAUAAUAUAAGAUGAAAAGGUAACAUCUAAACAUUAUUGAUACAAUAUAAGAAAAAUAAGAAUAAACAACUCCUAAUAAUUAUACAAGAUCCAUAAAUAUUACACCUAAACCUGGAGGUAGUUCUAAGCAUUAAAAGAAUCUAUAUUCUUUUGGAGCUCAAGAAGAAUUUAAAUUUAAAUCAGGUGAUUAAAUAGGGCUUUCUGAAAAAGAUAUUGAAAAAGAUAGAAAGAGAAAAGAGAAUUUACACAAAAAAAAUUUAUAUGAAGGUCAUUUUAAAGGAAAAGAUAAUAAUAUAAAAAUAUUAUCAGAAAAAGCUGAAAAAAUGGAUGAAGAGAAAAUUAAAGAAUUAUAAAAAGUAUUAUCAUCUAAAUAAGAAAUUAAGCAAUAAAAGGAAAAUUAACUACAAGAACAAGAAAAAUAAAUUUAAUUUAUUUAAUAAACUCUUGAUUAAAUACCAGAUAUCUAAGAAUAAGAUGGAGAUGUAAUUUUGAGUAAUAUAAUAGAAUUUAUUGAUAACUAUAAAACAAAUAGAUAUAUAGAUAUUUCAAAUAUGAAAGAUCCUCAUUUGGCAGAAUUAAUGAGAAACAAAUUUAAAGAAAUUUUAAAGAAAGAAGAACAAAAAUAAUAAUUAGAAGUUUAAUUAAAAUAAUAAUAAUAACUUGAAGUUUAAAAAUAAUAAAAAUUACAAAUUAUUCUAGUAUUAAAAAUACUAUUUCAAGAAUAUGACACAUUAAGAUAAAAAUCUUUAGAAUUAGACUAAUAAUUUGUUGAUUCUCAAUAAAAAGUGUUUGAAAAAAUGAAAAAGCUCAGUAUUACAGAAAAAUUAAUUCCUUAAUUAAAAUAAUUAGAUUGUGAAUAACAAUAAGCAACUACUUAACUAAAAAAUUGCAUUUAUUCUUCAAGAAAAGAUUUUGAUUAAGAAGAACUGAUAGAUUUUAUAAAAUCUGAACUUAAAGUUUAAGAAGAUAUACACAAAUGUAUUUAAUAAAUUAGAUAUAUAUUUUUGAGUCGAAUUAAUUAGAUUAAAGAAGGAGAAAAAAUUAUGGAAGAGAAACUUCUUUUUAGUAGUUAAUAAUAUUGA